AUGUCCAAUUCAUAGAGUGUGUAGAACAGUUUUGAGGAAUUUGAAGAAGUGGAUUACUUUGAUAUUGAGAAUUACCAAUAUAUUUCUUAGUUGACAAAGAUGGAGGAGGAGUUCGAAAAGGAAUAAUUAUUCAUAAAUAGAUUAGAAUUAAAAUUAAAGUUAAUGAUCCCUUUUUUGUUAGAAUAAUUAAAUAAGGAUAAUUUACGAUAAUGCAUAUCCAAUCUAUCUAAAAUAAUAAAGAACAAAUAGUUAAAUGAUUAAUAUGUUAAGGCGAUAAGCAAUAUUAAAACUUAAUAUCACCGUUUAACUUUGAAACAAUGCAAACAGGAAAUAGCUUAAAUAAUCUUAUGGCUAUUAUUCGAAAUAGAGAAUUCUUGA